CAGGCUGGGGGGGAGCUGUGCUGGAGGGGCUUUUCGGCAGCGUUGUCUCUGAGGGUGCUGUGCUAUCAUUUGGGGAAGAAGCGGGUCUCAGUUGUUUUCUCUUUCCUCUUCCUCUCAUUCCUGGAAUGCUAAAACUGGACUGAUGGACAUUUCAGAACUUUGUCUUCCAGACCCUCUCAGCUAUCAUAACCAGCUGCUGAAUAGAAUGGCCACUGAUGAACGGCAUCUACCCUCCAGCUGUGGGUCUUACAUCAAGACGGAGCCAUCCAGCCCUUCCUCGGUCAUCGACACAGUCAGCCACCACAGCCCCAGUGGCAACUCAGACGCCAGUGGAGGCUAUGUCAACGCCAUGAACAACCACUCAAACGGCCUGGACUCUCCACCUAUGUUCACCCCUGGCGGGCUUGGCGCUGGCACCUGCCGCAAGCGCUAUGAUGACUGCUCCAGCACCAUCAUGGAGGACUCGUCCAUAAAGUGCGAAUACAUGUUGAACUCCCUCCCCAAGAGGCUGUGCCUGGUCUGUGGAGAUAUAGCCUCGGGGUAUCACUAUGGGGUAGCCUCUUGUGAGGCCUGCAAAGCCUUUUUUAAAAGAACAAUACAAGGUAACAUAGAAUACAGCUGUCCUGCAACAAAUGAAUGUGAGAUCACGAAACGGAGACGCAAAUCAUGUCAGGCUUGUCGCUUCAUGAAAUGCCUCAAAGUGGGGAUGCUCAAAGAAGGUAAGAAGAGAGUUCGUCUGGAUCGUGUGCGAGGAGGCAGACAGAAGUACAAGCGGAGGCUGGACACAGAAAACAACCCAUACCUGGGUUUGACGCUCCCCCCUCCCACCAAGAAGCCUCUCACAAAGAUAGUGUCCCACUUGUUGGUGGCAGAGCCUGAGAAGAUCUAUGCCAUGCCUGACCCCACCAUGCCGGAGAGUGACAUCAAGGCCCUCACCACGCUGUGCGACCUGGCUGACCGGGAGCUGGUGGUCAUCAUCGGCUGGGCUAAACACAUCCCAGGCUUCUCUACGCUCUCUCUGGGAGACCAGAUGAGCCUACUGCAGAGCGCCUGGAUGGAGAUCCUCAUCCUUAGCAUCGUGUUCCGCUCUUUGCCCUACGAAGAUGAGCUGGUGUACGCAGAGGACUACAUCAUGGACGAGGAACACUCACGGCUGACAGGCCUGCUUGACCUCUACGUCUCCAUCUUGCAGCUGGUCCGCAAAUACAAGAAGCUCAAAGUGGAGAAAGAGGAGUUUGUAACCCUUAAAGCCAUCGCCCUCGCCAACUCUGACUCCAUGCACAUAGAGGACAUGGAGGCGGUCCAGAAGCUUCAGGACGCUCUCCACGAGGCCCUGCAGGACUACGAGAGCAGCCAGCAUCAGGAGGACCCGCGACGGGCUGGCAAACUGCUCAUGACCCUGCCCCUGCUGAGGCAGACAGCCACUAAGGCUGUGCAGCACUUUUACAGCAUCAAGGUGCAGGGCAAGGUCCCUAUGCACAAACUCUUUUUGGAAAUGCUCGAGGCCAAGGUCUGAUUGGAGGGGGGCUGAUUGUCCGCGGCAUCAGCAGAAGGCUGCAUUGAGAAAACGGAGAGUGACUCAAACCAAGGCUAAGGGUUCUCAGUAGAGGGAGAUGCCCACUGAGUGCACAGGACAGAAAUGAACCUUUUCCUGAAACCCUGAGACACUAAAAUAAAAAAAAGAGGAAACAAAAACAACAACAAAAAAAACAAAACAAAUGCAAAACUUGGUUAUUAGUAUAAAUAUAAAAAUGAUGCAGAUUAAUUUAAAGUAUAUAAGAAAUACUAUGUACAGUAAUAUUUUUUUGUUUGUUUUUUGUUAAUUGUCAGUGAUCAUGCUGUAUAUGAAGAAGGACCUUUUUGCCCCUCAGCAUCUUCAGAAUAAGUAGUUGCCAGAUCUUGAUAACAAGAUAGAUUUUUUUCUUUUUCUUUUUUCAGAAAACUAAAAGUUCCUAAAAAUUUUGUUCUGAAGAGUGCAUAGGUGUCAACAACCAGUGGAGGUGUCUGCAGAGUCACUUGUCUCACAAUUGUGUUUUUGCCUGGACUUGACCAGUAUGUAAAUAUUUAUUAUUUGGAAGGCUGAGUGUACAGUUCAAAGUCUGGUGAACUUGGUGGCCAUUUUCUCUUGCUUUCCUCCUGGGAAAAAAAAAAGUUAAACUAGGAAGGCUGUUCCCUAAAUGUGAACUCUAUUAAGUUUAAAUGUCGUUGGAUAUACUUCUCCAAAGCAGUAAGCAGUGUGAUCUUUGUGGAUCUGUCUCAGACUGGAAGACUUGCUGGUCCCAUGUUUAACCAAACUAGCAUAGACAGGUAAAAUAGUCAUUUUACUCUGUAGUAACUCAGCAAUAUAGGGAGGUAUUGGGAAGCUGGGUUAAGUUCCUAUCUUUCAUGUGCUUUUCAAUGCUGCUGUUGCUUAAAGAUCAUGCCUGUAAGUAUGUCAGUUCCACCUAGUGGGAUGCACCACUGUACCAGUUUCGCACUUGUGUUUGUCCUUUCCUGAAGUGUUCUAUGUUGAUGCUGCACUGAAACACAGAUUUUGGUCUUUUGUUAAGCUUGUGGAAAUUGACGCUUGACAUGCAAAUAGAUGACCUGAUAUAGCCUGGGUGAAAGAUAAUCAGCAGGUUCGGUGUGGCAGUUUCAGAGGAUUUAUGCCGAGUGGCAGAAGUCCACGAGAUCCCUUGUUCAAACAAUCAGAGGCCCAUAUGUCAACCGCUCUAUUUUGGGACCCUUUAAGCCUGUGGCAGAGUCAUCCCACACACAGGGAGCAAGGUGUCCAGCAUCUGCUCUCACCAUUUUAGCCACCUCCUGUCUUUUAAUAGCUGUGCUUGCAUUUACAGGGCCUCAACUAAACUGAGGUAAAUGGCAGGUGCAGAGCAGGAGUGGUGGCACUUCACACUGGGUUUAUUUUUACCCAGCAGGAGACUGUUGUCUGCGCAGCUUGCACCAGGAGUACAGUAAGCACGUGGAACACUUCUUCUUGACCUCAUGUUGACACAGUAGCCGGUGCAGAGUAAAACCCUUCCCACCGACCAGGAAGCAGGCAGGCAUCUGUGAGGAGAGUUCGGAAUGCCCACCAUGCACAUGUGAAUAGCUAUGCAAGAAACAAAGUGUCAUCAUGCCUCAAAGGGUAACGACAACCCAACAGUGUUACUGUACAAGGUGUGAUCUCUGGUGGGAGGAAGAUUUUACUCUUCCUUCUCCCUGUGUUUAGGUUCAUUAUGCUGAGUGAGUAAUACUCUAGUACCAUCUAACAGAGCCACGUCGCUGCUUUCCCUGUCAGAGAGAAUGUGUUGAAGAGGAAGGCUUAUACUGCUGUAGGAAUUUUAUGUGAUGUGAUAAAUUUUGGCUCUGUCACAACAAUAUGAUACUGUGAUCAAAGGAAUCCCUGACAUUGCAUAGGGUCGAGUUGCCGCCAUGCUUGUGAAAUCAAAGGGUAGCAGUGUUCCAGCAGCCGGCAUGCCUUUUUAUACAACAGCUUGAUUGGCCACUUAAUGGAGGAUGACUACCCUCUGCUAUUCAUCCUCCUAUUCCCAACUUGAACUAGCCACUAUCCAGUUAACAAGCUCCACUUUAGAUGAAGGCAUUAGUUGUUUUACUGUUGUGCAAUACAACAGGGACCAAUUCUGACUGAAACCAUGCUAAAAGCAUGCUUUUACUUGGAUUUGGAAGACUUUGUAUGCUAUAAAGUGACAUAUUCUAAACCCCUCUAAUCAGAAUAAUGUAUCUUGUAUAACACAACUAUAAUAAAUUUGCUCUUGUUUCAAUAAAAUUUCAAUUAAAAUUAGAAAGUUUGCAAAAAAAUAUUUAUGAAUAGACUUUUGUAGAGGCCCAUGAUGAUCAGCUAAAAUGAAUCACAAAUAUUUAAAAUUUCCUUUCACCCUGCAAUAUGACACUGUGUUAAGGAAAAGACAUGUCUUACAUUACAAGCUGUGUCUACAUGUGUACUGUAAAUAUCAGCAUCAAUACAGUAGGUUGCCGUAAUACCAUUGAAAAGAAAAGUACGCAGCACCCUGCUGACUACUACCUCAUUAACAUAUUGUCAAUAUUUCUCUGAAUCAACACUUUCUGCUCUAUGUUAUUCUCACAUCUGUGGCAUACCUGCACCAUCCAUGUUUUUAUUCCUCCGAGGAAAUAAAUAAAGUCUCCUCCUCGGUGCUCCUGCCAAAACAUUUGAAAUAGUAGUCUCAGAUCUUUUCUCGUUCAUUCUUCACAGAUCUGUUUGUAAAGGUAAAGCAUGCUUCAUGUUGACCAUACGACUUCGCCAUCAGUGGGUGUGACUCCCAUUUUGGUUUCUUAGCAGGUAUGUGUUUAUAUGAACAUCAGUGUGUCAGAAUUGGUCCCUUGAUGACAAAUUGCAGAUAGAGGCAGGUAACUGCUCCUGUGCUACAAGUAUUUAUGGUGUGAAAUAUAUCAUUUGGCAAUGGUGUACAUUGAUAUCUCUGAUUGUUGAAUCACCAAUAUCUGUGUAACUUCUGUUUUGAUUUUCAAAAAGGUAAAGGAUCAAUGAAUUAAAUACUCAAUGAACUCUGA